UUUUUUCCUUUUAUCCUCUCCUCCAACUUCCUCUACGCUUAACAGUGGGAGCAACAAAUAACGAAUGGAGAGCCUUAAUGUCUGAACUGAAGAUACUGAUCCAUAUUGGGCAUCAUCUCAAUGUGGUUAACCUGCUAGGAGCCUGCACAAAGCGUGGCGGCCCCCUAAUGAUUAUCGUGGAAUUCUGCAAGUAUGGAAAUCUUUCCAACUACCUGAGAAGUAAGAGAGGUGACUUUGUGGUUUACAAGUCUCAGGACGGUAAGGCUGUGCGUUCCAGCUCAGGCUGUGAUCUGAGCGAGCUCAUCAAGCGCAGGUUGGAGAGCGUGGCGAGCACCGGAAGUUCAGCCAGCUCCGGCUUCAUUGAAGAUAAGAGCUACUGCGACUCGGAGGAAGAGGAGGAAGAGCAAGAGGAUUUGUACAAGAAAGUGCUCACAUUGGAAGACUUGAUUUGCUACAGCUUUCAAGUGGCUAAAGGCAUGGAGUUCUUGGCUUCGAGAAAAUGUAUCCACCGUGAUCUGGCUGCACGUAACAUCCUGCUGUCUGAAAACAAUGUUGUGAAGAUUUGCGAUUUUGGACUUGCAAGAGAUGUAUACAAGGACCCAGACUAUGUCCGCAAAGGAGACGCUAGACUUCCCUUAAAGUGGAUGGCGCCAGAGGCCAUUUUUGACAAGAUCUAUACUACUCAGAGUGACGUGUGGUCUUUUGGAGUGCUUAUGUGGGAGAUCUUCUCUCUUGGUAAAUGGCACUGCUGUCCUAAGAGUGUAACUUUAAAAAAAGUUCUACUCUCUCCACAGAAGAGUGCUGGAGCUCAGACAGAGUAA